AGCUGUUAGUAGUCAAUUUAGGGUAGGAGUAAGCACUUUCAAUUUUUUGUUAUUUUGUCGUUUACCGCGUUAAAUGCUAUGCAAUUGUGAAACGCUGUCAAUAGUUAACCGUUGCAACUAGCGAAAGGAGGGAAGCUCGCAUUCGUUUCAUUUGCUUGGUGCCUGGAGGAUGAUAAAAACGCGGCAUACAGCUGAAGCAGCAGUGGCCAAUAAGUUAAUUAUAUGUUUUGAUUUUAACACAACUAUACAACAAGACUUUAUAAAUGAGCAGUCCUCGAGACCAACUUCGCUGCAGUAGGAAAGGAUGUAAAUACACCACAAAUAGAUCGUACAACCUCGAGCGUCAUGAGCGCAACCAUGAGAAGGGCAAAGUGCCGGUUUCCCAGUGCCAACCGUGUCCACAUUGUCCUUAUGCCGCCGGAUCUCUGCACAAUUUGAUGCGGCACAUUAGUAAAAAGCAUGUCAAUGCCUCGCCAGUCAAAAAGGAGAACGGCAGGCUAGUCAGCGUUGACCCCGUGAAGGAGGAGGAGAUGGGGGAUAAUGAGGAGAAAGACGAUGAAACGAAGAUGCAACAAUCAACACCACCGACUGAGCAAACAUUACAAGCAACCGUUCAUAAAUCUAGUCCUAAGCGGGAAAGGAAGCCAUUGAAACCAGCUUCAGUAAGUGAGCAACUGCAGCGGGCUUCACUUUGGGAUUGGAGCACGUUGCAGCAACAAGAGAAGAAUUUCCAGAGACGUUAUGGUCUGGCUACCGAGUGUAAAAUACACAGGCAGACCGUUAACUUAUUCAAACUUUACGCUUUGGUGAGAGCCCGAGGAGGAGCUCUUAACGUCGAUGCCUGGGAUGAUGUGGCAAGCUCCCUUGGCUUUGCCACACGGGCAGCUUGUGGACGUCAUGUGCGUGACAAGUACAUGGGUGUCCUGCUAGAGUUUGAGAAGAGAGAAGAGGAACGUUUAGAGGAGUGCAAGGACUUUCUUGAUGUUCCUUCUUGGUGGGACGAUGGCAACUUCGUUGGUGCCAACAAGGAUCAUAAACCCAAUGUCACAGCACGGCCUGAGAGUGAAGCUAUUAGUCCAUUCAACAAUAAUGUUAGAUCUGCCAUUGUGAAAAUAAUUUUCAAUAAGUAUUAUAAGAAACAUCUUAGAGGCGGUGAUCCGUUCAAGCGGUUCAAUGUGAAGGACUCUUGGCUCAGGGCCACAAUGCUGAGUUCUCAUGCGCUUAUUUCCCAAAUGCAUUUUAAACACUAUUCUCCGUGACUUCAUAAUUACUGUAAUUUAAAGUUUUCAGCUCUAUUAACAUUCAUAGAAGAAAUGGCGCCAAAAGUGAAAUCAACUCUGCUUACGAUUUCCAUAGCUUUUGAAUUCACCAUGGUCAAUAUAUUCGAUAGACAUAUCGAAUUGUAGAGAAUGGUGUGGCCGUUGGGGCCCCCAAACUACUGAGGAAAUGGUAUAUUAUAAGCUUUAAUGUGCUGGUCCUGAUGAUAUGCCUCUCUUUGUGUAACACAAGUGGCUACUUUCGUUUUACAAAUUUGAGGUGCGCCAUUUUUUUUUGAAAUGUUACCAGCUCGAAGUGGUAUAUUUCGAACGCAAAAUAGCACCAUUUUGAAAUGGGAAUUGUGGUCACGCUGCGAUCAGUUCGAUAGCACGACGCAUUGUGAAUUCUGUUUUAAAGCUGGAAGGUCGUUUGCGCGCAAGAAUCGGUCGGCAAAAGUGAAUUUCAAAAGUUAACUGAAAGCACUAAAACAAAAAGUUGAAAUUGCGAAUUGUUUUCAUUUUACACUGCGUUGAACUGUUUGUUAAUAAAACCAAUAAAAAAAACAUAAAAUAUUGAAUUUGUGUGUGCGUUCGCGUUAAAAGUCAGAGUAACUAACUUGUGUGUGUGAGUGUGCACAUUUGUUGGGGAAUCAGGACUGCGCAAAAAAGAAGAAGCAUAUUCGUGAUUGGCGGCUGUUUCUGUGAGCGUGUCGUGUGCGUGUGUUUCUGUGUGAGCGUGUGUGUGCAUGUGUAUGUCAGUGGUGCGGCACAACGACAGCAGCAAAAGGAGGAGAAUUUGCAAGAAAGAAGAGGCCAAGAAGCAAGCAGCAGCAGCA